CUGCUCGAGGGUUUCCUCUUGGCUUUCGCCCUCUUGCGUCAUGGAGUCUCCUCUGAUCGGAGGCAAGGCCGUAGCAUUCCCUGGAUUUCAUGGAUGCCAAAGGUUUUACUGAAUUGGAGAUGGAGCAGAUAAACACAUGACUCGUUGAAGUGUCACUUUGCUGACUGCUGAGAAGAUGACGGCGGGCACACAUGUUGUCCCCGUGAGCACACGCUGCAGUGUCUCCAACAAAACAUUGGUGUUUGUGAUCAGACUAUGCACAUUACUGGUUUUCCAUUUACUGCUGUCUGUCAUGGUGACCAGUGCACCAUCUGGAUCAACGGUCGAUUAUCGGUUCAGCUAUAACACAAGCGAUUUUUAUGUGGAUCGGGUAUGUAGACGUGUGCCCGUGCUUUUGGACCCAAGUGUGGACCCGCCAUGCAGAAUCGUUGAUGUAGAUUGUAUAGUGGAGGAUCCAUGCGUUCGGCCCGACCCUGUGGACAGACUGUUAGGCAUCGCACCCUGUCCGCCAGUAUGGAACCCUGCACUUGUGUGCUCGCCAGAUGUCGGGACAAAGUUGCAGUGCACGGAAAAGUUCAUGAUCCUUUUGAAGUGCUUUCGUUCACCCAAUAAAACAGUUUAUGAUUUGUCGAGUCGGAAAGAAAGUUGUAAACUACAAAAUGCAUGUGGUGUUUGGUUAAAGACAUGCCCUGAUGAAUAUUCCCGGCUAAGUGAUGUUUUUGUCAGCUGUUCUGAAACAGAGAUUGGAACCACAAAUACUCACUAUGACGACACAACCAUUAUUACUCUAUCUAGAAGCAUGCCUCAAGUGACCGAUAGCAUCGUGGACAACACAACUAAUGACACCUACCACGUGGUCCGCAAGACCCCCUUAUUGGUCGAUCAUGAAAUUGAUUCAUCAGUCAUCUGGAACUACUUCAUGAUACCUGCUGGGAUACUGGCACCUAUGUUAUCGAUGUUUAUAAUCGUGCUCAUUUGUAGAAAAAUACAGAAAAGAAAGAGGUAUCAGGUGAGUGAUAGGAGAAAUCGUGAUGAACAUGUUAGUGGGAGUGUAACAGUAAUAACAGAGGUUCCCUCAGAAACUUCACCAUUCUUAUACGUCCGCCCCUCAGAAAACCCGGAGUCUACUUCGUAUCAGGACGCCAUGGAGAACAUUCCAUUCAUUGAUGACGCUGAGAUUAUUCCGACGUGCGAAAUUCAUUUGUCACACGUGUAUGAAAACUGGACAAAUGAUAUCCCUGACACUAGAAGUGUUGAGACGGACAGGUCGCUGCCUAUUGAAAAUAGAGACAGAUCGCUCCUUUCGCAUACAGAUGUCGUUUCUGAGAUAAACUUUGAGAGACCUGAGACAUUCAGCGUCUCGAGGGAUGGUAGCGUGCCGGAAUCAACUGGUGCACCACCGGAAAGAAAUCCAUACCGUUUCGACGACAAGGAAACACAAAUAAAUCCGGAAAGUUCCAAGUUAUUGUCUUCAGGAAUUUCAAAUUCAAACAUAGAGGACAAUGAUAUUGAUAAACAUGAGGCAAACACUGACUCUUUAGAAGAUAACAAAGACGAGACACCGUCUUUUGAAAAUGGAUCCGCGAAUACAAAAUUAGAAACACAAGAGAUGGCCGUCGACUCGCGUACUGGCAAUGUAUCCGAAUCAAUUGAGGCUCCACAAGAAAACACUCCGUGCCUUUUUGACGACAAGGAAACAUCCCCUAACACAGAUGAUGACGUAGAUAGUUGUGAAACAACUACUGACACUACAGGUAUUGAAGAUAACAGAGACGAGACACCGUCUUUUGAAAAUGGAUCCGCGAAUACAAAAUUAGAAACACAAGAGAUGGCCGUCGACUCGCGUACUGGCAAUGUAUCCGAAUCAAUUGAGGCUCCACAAGAAAACACUCCGUGCCUUUUUGACGACAAGGAAACAUCCCCUAACACAGAUAAUGACGUAGAUAGUUGUGAAAAAACUACUGACACUACAGGUAUUGAAGAUAACAGAGACGAGACACCGUCUUUUGAAAAUGGAUCCGCGAAUACAAAAUUAGAAACACAAGAGAUGGCCGUCGACUCGCGUACUGGCAAUGUAUCCGAAUCAAUUGAGGCUCCACAAGAAAACACUCCGUGCCUUUUUGACGACAAGGAAACAUCCCCUAACACAGAUGAUGACGUAGAUAGUUGUGAAACAACUACUGACACUACAGGUAUUGAAGAUAACAGAGACGAGACACCGUCUUUUGAAAAUGGAUCCGCGAAUACAAAAUUAGAAACACAAGAGAUGGCCGUCGACUCGCGUACUGGCAAUGUAUCCGAAUCAAUUGAGGCUCCACAAGAAAACACUCCGUGCCUUUUUGACGACAAGGAAACAUCCCCUAACACAGAUAAUGACGUAGAUAGUUGUGAAAAAACUACUGACACUACAGGUAUUGAAGAUAACAGAGACGAGACACCGUCUUUUGAAAAUGGAUCCGCGAAUACAAAAUUAGAAACACAAGAGAUGGCCGUCGACUCGCGUACUGGCAAUGUAUCCGAAUCAAUUGAGGCUCCACAAGAAAAGGAAACAGUCCCUAUACAUGAAAAUCACAAUAACGUGUCUUCAGAGAUAACAAACUCAAACACAGAUGAUCAUGUAGAUAAUACUGAUAAUAUAUCCGAACCAAUUACUACUCUACAAGAUAAUACUCAAAAAUCGGUUGACCAUCUUUAAACAACCGGAAUGUCGGAUAUUGACAUCCGUACUCAAAUAUUUAAUAGUAAGACGUGGAAAAUAUUGUGUUGAGUACAGUGUUAAACACUUUAUCUGAA